ACUGGAUAAGGCGGGCGCUAAAAUGCACUAACGCGAGGCGAGCAUAAACAUCUGUUUGUUGGUGUAACAAAAAUGAAGGAGGAUUAUUGACGAGUUGAUUUGUUCGUUUGCGGGCUUUAUUCGCCGUCCACCCUUGUGAUUUGCGUCUGUUGACAGUGCUCAUCCGCACAAAAGUACAAAAUUGCCAUGGCAACGUGAAUUAAAUUUGGAAAAUAAACACCCGAGUAGGCCUUCGAAGAUCAUCGCACGCAAUUGCAGAUUAUUGCAUCAGAAACGAGUUCCUAGGAACCAAUUCAAAAACCACACAGUAUGGAGUCAUUCCUGAGUCUCUUCGAUCCCAAUCAGGACGACGGCUUUGAGGAGGAGCCGGAGCUCAAUGGCAACAGCAGCGGCGGCGGGAGCAGCAGCAGCGACUAUGAGACGGAUGCCAAUGCCAACGAGUGCAGCCUGAGCCACUUGGGCGUUGGAAUGCCCACCGAGCGGGGCAACCUGAUCUUCGACUUCGAGCAGGGUAUGCUCCCGCCAGAGCCGCAGCUCGGCAAUGUCGAGUACAAGCUGAAGCUGGUGAACCCGUCGAAGCAGCGAUUCGAGCACCUGGUGACCCAGAUGAAGUGGCGGCUCCGGGAGGGAAACGGAGAGGCUAUUUACGAAAUAGGAGUAUCCGAUGCCGGCUAUCUGCAGGGCCUCAGCGACAAGGACAUGAAUGCGUCGCUCACGACCCUCAAGCAGAUGGCCCACAGCCUGGGAGCCAGUACCUCGGUGCUCCGGCGGAAAACCAUCGCCUCACGACGGUCCGUGGCCGAGGUCCUGGUCCGGAAGAUCCCCGACGACCAGCACAACAUCGAGGUGCGGGUGGCGGUGCUCGGAGGAGCUGAUGCCGGCAAGUCCACGCUGCUGGGCGUGCUCACGCAGGAUGAGCUGGACAACGGACACGGCAGGGCCCGGCUCAACAUGUUCCGGCACAUGCACGAGAUUCAGUCGGGUCGCACCUCCUGCAUCUCACACGAGACCCUUGGCUUCGAUGCUCUGGGCAAUGUGGUGAACUACAAGUACAAUGAGAUGAUGACGGCAGAGGAGAUCAGCGACCGGUCCAGCAAGCUGGUGACCUUCAUGGAUUUGGCCGGGCACCGGCGCUACAUGCGCACCACUGUGCAGGCGCUGAGCGGCUACUCGCCCCACUACGCCAUGCUGGUGGUGUCGGCGGGCAGCGGCUGCAAUGACACCACCGAGGAGCAUUUGGCCAUUGUCCGGGCACUGGACAUGCCGUUUUUCGUUCUGGUCACCAAGACGGACAUCACAUCGCCGGAUGCCACGGUGCAGGAGCUGUGCAACCUGCUCACCACCAUCGGGUGCCGAAAGGUUCCCUUCGUGGUGACCAACACGGACGAGGCUAUUUCCGCCGGAUCGAACCAGAUUUCCGAGAACAUUGUGCCCAUAUUCUGCGUGUCAAAUGUCACUGGCACUGGCCUGAAUCUAGUCACCAAAUUUCUGUACGUCCUGUCGCCGGGCAUCAGCAAUGCCGAGAAGGAUCGUCUCGAGCAGGAGUCCUGCGAGUUCCAGGUGGACGAAAUCUUCAGGGUUUCCGACGUCGGACCAGUGGUGGGUGGUCUGCUCGUCCAGGGCGUGCUCACUGAGAACAUGCCCAUGAAGAUUGGCCCGCUGCCAGAUGGAAGCUUCCAUCCUGUGAAUGUCAACACCAUUCACCGAAACAAAGCGCCCUGCCGGGUAGUUCGUGCUGGACAGAGUGCCUCGCUGUCGUUUACCUUGGAUCAGGAUCUGCCCACGCUGCGGAGUGGCAUGGUCCUGUUGGGAGAUGUGGGCAGUAGUCUGGAUGAGCCCUACGGAACUUAUUUCUUUCAGGCCAAAGUAUCCGUUCUGUUCCACGCCACGGCCAUCUACGUCGGCUUCCAGACCACGGUGCACAUUGGCAGUAUUCGCCAGACGGCCGUCAUCCGGGGCAUCAUGGGCGGCGAGCGUUUGGGCACCAACGAUUGUGCUUCGGUGAUGUUCGAGUUCGUCGGCCACCCGGAGUACGUGCGUCCUGGCAUGCGCAUACUGUUCCGCGAGGGCACCAGCAAAGGCAUCGGAGUUGUCACGCAGGUGUUUCCCGUCAACAAGACCGGCACAAAAUAGAGAAGCCACGGCCGCAAGCUGGCCAGCUUGAUGGUUCCAAUGACAUAACUAAAUAUCUCAAACACAGAUGACAUGUACAUAUACUUAAUAGCGGUUAGAGAGGCGUUAAAUCCUAGGCAGAUCUUCUGUACACUUAGUUUCGGGUUCUGUGAUUUUUCGUUUAAGCUCGGCUCACAAUCGGAAAUUGUGUGAAAUUCUCCUUAAUUAUUCUUACUUCAUUAAAGGCAACACCAAGAUAUAUA